ACAGCCAGGGUCGGAGUGAGUCUCUGAGGCUGAGCCAGUCCCACAGUGGACGUGGUUCAGGGUCUGGAUCCCACCACCUCCAGUUCCCCCCCCCAGACACGAGGACAACCCUCUGUCCCCAGGGUACACAGAACCCCUGUGUUACAGUUCCAGUCGGCCCACGUCCACCGAGAUGGCUCGACUGGGAAGCCGCAGCAACAGUGUGUCAUCCCACACCAGGCCCGAGCGCGACCUCCGACCUUUGUCGCAGCGCUACUCCUCCCCGCAGCGCGGCUCCUACCUCACCCCUGAGGGGCCGGUGUACAACAUGCCCUACUCAGGCCUGCACUGUGACCGCGCCAGCACCCAACAGUAUCUGGAGAAGGCCCCUCUCGUCAAGUCCAACAGCUGGAGCACUCCACAGACGUCCCUGAAGUACGCGUCGCUUUCUGCCCCCCAACGGCACUCGGACAUGUGUGCCCCCCGGCAGCCCCUGUCGCCCCUGUAUGACGAGCCCUGCACCCCCGACAUCUAUGCCCAGGAGGAGGAGAGCCGGCUCAGGCAGCAGCCAGAGCAGUGUGUGAGAGGACCACCACAUCAGCAGCAGGAGCCUCAUCUCCUACCCUCCUCCUUCCAGCUGCGCACCCCUCCCCUGGGCAAGCGCUGCCGGAGGAGUCUCGUACUCAUCCAGGGCCAGGGGCUGGAGAUGGAGGGCCCUCAGGGGCCAGACCAGAGAGCUAAGGCCGUCUCCAGACUGAGGCUGCUGCCUGCACCCAAAGCAGUGCAAGAGGAGAGGGUCUUCCCCGUGAUGCCUGCUAUGAACACCACCCAGAUGCUAUAUGGUUUCUCACCAGAUCACAACUCGUACCUUGAACCAUCUGAGCCAGAUGACCAGCAAAUGGACUAUGAUAACAUUUGGGAGUACGACUGCAAUACUGGGAUGAUUCAGCCCAUGUCUGGAAUUUCACCACACCGGACGGGAUUAGACUUCGGGGCCAGAGGCCUGGGUGCCAUGGCUACCAACCAGCAAAGAUGGUUAUAAAACCAAACAAAGGACUGGCGCUCGUCUGGACGUGUGCAAACAACAGAUCCCCAUCAGAGAGCCAUAAAAAAACACUGUGGAAGCUCACUACUGCAUAUCAUGCUUGUGUCCUAAAUGGCACCCUAAUCCCUAUAUUAGUGCACUGGGCUCCGUUUAAAAGUCAUGCUCUGUAUAGGGAAUAGGGUGCCAUCUGAGACUCACACCACAUCAUCCACAAACCUCAUGAACAAUGUAUUUGUAAGAUAUUCAGUAGUCAGAAGAAUGCUUUGUCUGGGUGUGAUAAGAGUACGGUAUUUGUAUUUACGCUGCACUACUGUACUGUAGUUAACGCAGAUAUAGAUAGUGAUUCAGAAAAAUCACUUUCCCACACAACAGUAUGAAAAGGUAGGAAACAGCCUGAUAUUGUAGCAUUAAUUAAAGUGCAAAAUGUACAUAGUUUUUAACCCUGUGCGCUUGAAAUGGUAUUUUUUCCCCUACUGUGUGUAGGCUACUGUGCACUGCAUUGGGCUUCAUAUUUUACAUUUUGUGUGUUUUUGUACUAUUUAUGAACAUUUUCUUGAAAACCGUCCUGUUUCCAUGCUUUUUUAUUGUGUUAACUUUUUGAUUCGUAUAUUAUAUCAUUAUUAUAUUCUGUCCUCUGACGUCUUGUCUUUGGUUGUAAGCUGUAAAAAGCGUUCCACAGAGCUAAAAAUAGCAACAUCUGCAUUAUUUAUUCAAUGUUCUGAAAUCACAAAGCAAACGUUGAGGGCUUAAAAGGACUUCCUGCAUUGUGCUGCUUACCUCUCUGCCAAAUGUUGCUCAUCUUUGUGUGGCUUGUUUCUUCUACUUUCUUUGAGGUGUUCUUUUUUAUUUACAAUAAAAAGUACAUUACA